UCCACUGUCAUCAGUUGUUUGUUCCAGCAAUUCAACAAUAACGCAACAGCUCUCUUGAAGAAAAAGAAACAAUACUACAGCACAAAAUGGCCAAUUUCACUAGUUCCUUGUUUGCUCUCGUCGUUUUGGUGGCAGUCUCCUUGGCCAGCGAUCCUUAUUCUUACGGUGGAAGCAAAGGAUAUUCACCAUACGAAUCCUCGUACUCUGUCAAGUACGAUAUGGACUACAAAGGCCCAAAGGGAUAUGACAAGGGUUACGAUAAUAAACCUAGCUAUGGUUAUCACUCUGCUCCUUACGGCUAUGACAAGAAACCAAGCUACGAGUACAGCCUUCCAUCUUACGGUUACGACAAAUACGAGAAACCCAAAUCUUACGGCAGCUAGUACUCUCCAAGCUAUUAAUUCCAUCAUCAGACCCACUAGCAAAAAAUAAUCGGAAUUAUUUGACCCGAAUGCCUUUACACGACCGCAAAAUUCCUAGAAUCUAUUUUUGAAAAAAAUCUGUAAUUGCCCAUAACAUGUGGAGAAUGUCGAAUUAACUAACGAAAAAAAUAAAUCUCACUUAAUUUCAACAAA